UUUGACACUUCAUUGUGACUGCUAUGAUGAUUCUGGAAUUGACCCACGUCGGGCUAGCCCUCGCUGGCAUAGCGACCUUUUACGUCUCUCGGACCUUCUAUCGUCUCUACUUCCACCCCCUCUCCGGAAUACCCGGUCCCAAGCUCACCGCGAUCACACGUCUAUACGAGUUCUACUACGAUGUCAUCUGCAAUGGCAAGUUUCUAUUUCAGAUUGAGAAAAUGCAUCAGCAAUACGGCCCUAUUGUUCGCAUCAACCCCCGUGAAGUCCAUAUCAUCGACCCAUCCUUCUAUGACGAGAUAUAUGCCUCUAGCAGCCGGAAGCGUGACAGGGACCAUGAUGCUUACGAUGCAUUUACGCUCCCCUAUUCCAUGAUUGGGACUAUAGGCCAUGAACACCACCGCUUUCGACGAAGUAUAUUAAAUGACUUCUUUUCCAAGCGAUCCGUGCUUGCAUUGUCCGGCAUGGUCGAAGAGCGGGUGAUGAAGCUAAUGCAGCGUUUUGAGAGAAUUUACGAGGAUCGAAGCGUAGUAAAUUUAAGCAAUGCGUUUGCCGCGUUGACUUCGGACGUGAUCACCUACUACUGCUAUGGAAAACGCUGGGGCUUCAUCGAGGAUGAAGGUUUCCGCAGCGAAAUCCAUAAAAGCAACGAAGAAAAUGCCUCGCAUUGCCAUUUCGACCGCUUCUUCCCGUUCGUGCCGGAAGUAGUGCGCAGGAUCCCGCUGCAGGUACUGGCCCUGCUCCUUCCAAGCAAGGCCGCAGCGUUCGAGUUCCAGGCAGCCAUCUUACAGACUAUCACUACGAACAUGCAAGAUAAGCCCGAUGUGUCGACCAAGGAAAACCGUACCAUCUUCAAGAAGUUGACCGACCCCAGCUUACCCGCUGAGGAAAGGGCUCUGCGUCGCAUUCAGGACGAAGUAUUCACGCUUCUUGGUGCGGGUACAGAAACGACGGCCAGCACCUUGAUGGUCAUGAUCUACCAUGUGUCCCAGGAUGAGGGCAUUCGAGACAAGCUGCGGAGUGAGCUGAAGCAGAUUAUGCCCACGCCUACAGGCGUAGUAACAUGGACGGAAUUGGAGAAGCUACCGUACUUGACCGCAGUUGUAAAUGAAUCCUUACGCUUGUCCUAUGGGGUCAUUAUGCGACUUCCUCGCGUGGCACCAACCGAGGCUCUGCGGUACAAGAACUAUGUCAUUCCAGCAGGGACGCCGAUGAGCACCUCCACCUACUUUGUCCACCGCGACCCAGCCAUCUUUCCGGAGCCGGACAGGUUCGACCCAGAGAGGUGGAUCAGGGCUACGGAAAGGAGGGAGAACUUGACGCGGUACCUGGUGUCGUUCAUGAGGGGAAGCCGAGCUUGCCUGGGGAUGAAUCUGGCAUAUAUUGAGCUAUAUCUGACGAUUGCGCAUCUAAUACGCCGAUUCGAUUUCACAUUGCACAACACCAACCCAGAGGACGUGCGCAUCACAAGGGAUAGAAUCAUCCCAUGCACUGAGAGGGGGAUGCUGCGGGUCUAUGCGAGAGUGACGGGUAUGAUGGAGGAGUGACCCAUGGUAGGUGUCUGGAUCUGAGUUUCUGGAUAAUUGAGCCGAAGGGUUGAGCAUGCAAAGCAACAGUUGGAGAUUCACGUAGGGCUCUCAGCUUUGACACUUCGUUAAGAACUCUUUUUGUGGAUACGAUCAUCCUGCAGGAUUCAUAACCAU